UAAGGAAAUAUUACAAUGUUAACAAUUUUGGAAUCGCAUAAGAUUGUUACAGUAAUGCACUUUAUGUUAUUGUUUAGCCGUCAAGGAAAACUCAGACUUCAAAAGUGGUAUGUGGCUCAUCCUGACAAAGUGAAGAAAAAAAUAACUAGAGAGCUCAUAACUACAAUCUUAGCUAGAAAACCAAAAAUGUGCAGCUUUCUUGAAUGGAAGGAAUUAAAAAUUGUUUACAAAAGGUAUGCAAGCUUAUAUUUUUGUUGUGCAAUUGAACAGAAUGAUAAUGAGCUCCUAACAUUAGAAAUAAUUCACCGUUAUGUUGAACUAUUAGACAAAUACUUUGGCAGUGUUUGUGAAUUGGACAUAAUUUUUAAUUUUGAAAAAGCAUACUUUAUAUUAGAUGAACUAUUACUUGGAGGUGAAAUACAAGAGACAAGCAAGAAAAAUGUUCUUAAAGCUAUAUCUGCACAGGAUCUUUUGCAAGAGGAGGAGGCAGUCGAAGGUGCUCUGAAAGAGAUUGGCCUAUUAUGAAGGCAGCCAUUAAAUAAUCUCAUGUGUUCCUCAUUCAACUUAAUGAUUUUAGUAUUAUUGUAAUUUUUUUUUAUAUGAUUAUGUUAAAUUCAAACAAUGUGCUUGUGGACCGUCAAUAAUACUGUAAUUUAUAACUUCAUUAUUUUGAAAAAGGUUAUAAAUGUAAUCAUUGAUUUGAAAAUUAUGGUACUUAAUUUUAAUAACAUAUCAAUCAUUUUAAUGAUCGUAUAUAUUAAAUACUAUUCAUUGUGCCAAAUGUGUAUAAAAUUUCAGUGAGGGCUUAUUAGAAGAAGAAAGUCAAUUUAUAUUUGUUCAUAUUGUCAGUAUAUAAGUGUAAAUUAUUUAACUUAUACAUAUAUUAUGAUAAAUUUAGUUUCCAAAAAUUUAUUAAGAGCUCAAAAUAUUCAUAAUAUGCUAAACAACUUAUUUUCAUUCAAAAAAAUAGUGGGUAUUAAAUAUCUAAUUAUUAUGGCUCAAAUCUGAUACAUAAUUUUUUUAACUAAUAUUUUGUUUAUUUUAUCUGAGUUUAUUACACAUAUAUCAAUUAU